ACGUCAAGUUUGUUUGUUGAUAAUAAUAAAAAGAAAUAAAAUUUUUAUCAUAUUCUCAUUUCUCGUGGGUGUACUUAUACACAUUUACUUGUUCAAUUGUGUGUACAUAUUGUCAUUAUGAUUAUUAUCAAUGAAAGAGAGAGGGAAUUAUAACUAAAGUAGGAGUUACAUACGUGAAUAAUUGACAAGAAAUAAAAAAAAAAAUAUUAGCUAGCUUUUACAGAUGCCGUGAUGGACGAAUUAAAUACCAGUGGUGGUGGUGGUGGUGAUGAUGUUUGUGAAGAAGGUGAAGGUGAAGGACCUUUAAUUUGUGCUGGAUGUCUCAAUGCUAUUGAUGAGGAUGAAUUUGUUCAGGCAUUAAAUCAAGAAUGGCAUAUUGAUUGUUUCCAAUGUUCAGCGUGUGAUGUGGCUCUUAAUUCAUGGUACUUUGAAAAAGAUGGAUUAUUAUUUUGUAAAGAUGAUUACUGGGCUUCUUACGGUGAAGCAUGUCAAGGUUGUGGUCAAGUUAUCACUGGACCAGUUAUGCUUGCUGGUGAUCAUAAAUUUCAUCCAGAAUGUUUUGCCUGUAAUUUAUGCAGUAGCUUUAUUGGUGAUGGUGAGAGCUAUGCACUUGUUGAAAGAUCAAAACUUUAUUGUGGUUGUUGUUAUAAACGACAAAUGCAACCACUCAGUAGAACAUCAAAUUAUCCAUUUGUUAGAAAACCACAUAGCAUUAGACUCGUUGAAAUACCACCAAAUACAAAAGGUCCAGAAAAACAAAGAGGUAUUAAAUUAACUGUUGAUGCAACACCAAGUCCAAGAAGUUAUGGAUGUGCAUUACUUCGAAUUUCAGAGCUAAUGAGAAAUGUACGGGGAAAGAUCAAUAAGCUGGUUGCCUCUGUCUUGGAGGUUCUAUUUAAUUUAUGCUGCAGAUUCGUUGAUAAUAGACUCAACAUGUCAGGUGACUUGAUGUCACUACAUAUUGGUGAUAGAAUACUUGAAAUAAAUGGUACACCAGUUAAGGAUCAACCAGUCGAGAGUAUUGAAGAUUUAAUAAGAUAUUCAGAUUCAGUUUUACAAUUGACAAUUGAACAUGAUCCUGAUGCUCUAUCAAAACGUACAAAUUUUCCAACAUCACCAUCAGCAAUUUUAUCAACAGCAACAAGUCCAAUAUCAAGUCCUGAAAGUAAAGAAAGAUUAUUCAAACGUCGAGAUGAGGGCUACAUAAGUGGCAAUAGAAGUAGACAAUUACGAAGAUCACGUGAUCCAACAAAUAAAGAACGUAGUAGUUCAAUGUCAAGGUUACUUGAUUGUUCACCACCAUCAAGUUCAACAUGUGAUUUAAAUAGAACUCGAUCAUUUCGUGUUGAGCCAAAAAAUCAACGUAUAUUUCGUGCAAGUGAUUUAGUUAAAGGUGAACUACUUGGUAAAGGUUUUUUUGGACAAGUAUAUAAAGUAACACAUCGUGAAACAAAUGAAGUUAUGGUUUUAAAAGAAUUAUAUCGUGUUGAUGAAGAGGCACAAAAAAAUUUUUUAAAAGAAGUUGCUGUAUUACGUUCACUUCAUCAUAAUAAUGUAUUAAGAUUUAUUGGUGUACUUUAUAAAGAUAAAAAACUUCAUCUUGUUACUGAAUUUAUAUCUGGUGGUACACUUAGAGCAUUAUUACAUGAUACAAAUGAGCCAUUACCUUGGGAACAAAGAACAUCAUUUGCUAGAGAUAUUGCUGCAGGAAUGGCUUAUUUACAUUCAAUGAAUAUAAUACAUCGUGAUUUAAAUUCUCAUAAUUGUCUUGUACGUGAUGAUAAAACAGUUGUUGUUGCUGAUUUUGGUCUUGCAAGAAUAAUAAAUAAUAAUAAUAAUAAUAGUCAUGAUAAAAAAAGAUUUAGUGGUGGUGUUAUUGGUGCUGGUGGUGGUAAUAAUAGUAUUAAUAAUCAUGUUGAAAUUAAAUGUUCAAAAAAAGAGAGGAAAAAACGCUAUACUGUUGUUGGUAAUCCAUAUUGGAUGGCACCAGAAAUGAUGAAAGGUAAUAAAUAUGAUGAAAAAGUUGAUAUAUUUAGUUUUGGUAUUGUUGUUUGUGAAAUAAUUGGACGUGUACAAGCUGAUCCAGAUUAUUUACCACGUUCAUCAGAUUUUGGAUUAAAUCAAAAAGUAUUUAGAGAAAAAUUUUGUGCAAAUUGUCCAGAAACAUUUUAUAUGAUUGCAUUUUUAUGCUGUGAUUUAAAUCCAGAUAAAAGACCGUCAUUUGAAGUUAUGGAAGUAUGGCUUGAGGGUUUAGCUAUGCAUUUAUCUGUUGGUGCAACAUUAUCAUCUGAUUUGGAUUUUGAUAUACGUCAUUAUACUGGACCAAGUCCAAGUAGUAGUGAAUCAACAACACCAGAAACAUUAACACCUGGAUUACGACCAAUUAAAGAGGCAUUUAUUGAAAAGAAAAAAAAUAAUUGUGAUGAUAGUACACUUGAACGAGAAAUUGAAAGAGAAAUAUCACCACGUAGUAAAUAUUCAAGGCAAGCUAGUCAAGUUGAUAAAAUUAGUGGUAAAUUUUCACGACAAACCUCAAAAUCAAAUGAUUCAAUUGUUCAUGAUGAAAAACCUGAUAUUAUUCUAUCACAAGAUCCAAGUGGUUUUAAUAAUAGAUUUUCAAGAAAUCAAAAUAAAUUAAAUGACACAGAAAUUGAAAAAUUUGAAACUGAUAUUAAUAAAAUUUCUUUGAAAGAUACAAAUCAAAUAAAUGAUUUGAAAAUUAAUAAAAUAUCUGUAUUUCCAGAGCAUGAAAAAUCAUUACCAAUUAUUGAAAAAAUUAAAUUUGUUGGACAUUCAAAUGAUGAGCCUAUUGUUGAACAAAAAAAUAUUGAUAAUAAUUUUUUAUACAAAUUAAAUUCAGCAUUAAAUGAACAAAGUAAUAUUGAACAAAAUCAAAUUGAUAAAUCUUGGAAAUCACCAGAAGCUGGUGGUUUUGUUGGUACAUAUUUUAAACAAAUUGGUAAACUUAAAAAUAGUAUUGAAAAAAAUCGAGAAAUAUCACGUCAACAAAUAAAUAAAGAUAUUAAUAAAAAAAAUAAAAAAGAUUCACCAAAAGGUUCAUAUCUAAGAAGAAUGAAAAUAUCACCAACAAAAGAACAAACUAAAAAUGCUUUUACAAGUAUUCGACAAAUACAACAAUUAACAAAUGAUAAUAAAAAUUUAUUAGAAAAUGAUAAUAAUAAUUUAAAAAGACAAUCGAGUAUUGCAUCAAGUAUUGGUUCAAUUUUAUCACGUCAUACAAGUUUAACUGCUUCAGAUACAUUACCAAAACAAAAAUAUGUACAUCCAUUGUAUGGAGAAAAAAAUAAACUAUCACAUAGUGAUAGUUUUGAUUCAAAUUCAAGUACAUUACGAAAAGCUGAUGUCUAUCAUACUGAUAGUUUUUGUUCAAAUGAUAGUACAUUAAAAUCCGAUGAUUAUUUGACAUUUAAAAAUAUUGAUGAACCAGAUAUUGACAAUACAAAUGACGAUAAAAAUUCAUUCAAUUAUUCAGACUGUUAUAAAAAUCUUGAUUUAUGUAGAACAGAUAGUUUUUGUACAGACAGUGCUGUUGGUACAAUGAAAAGUGAUUUUUUUGAUGACAUUGAUAUUGCUGAGAUGCAAAAAAAUCAUUUAACAAAUGACAUUUGUUGUACACAUGAUAAUAAUAGCUGUAAAAAAAAUCAAUCAUCAACAACAUCAUCACCAAUUGAAAGCACUGCACUUUGAAUUUAUAAUAUAAUAAUUAUUUUACGGAUUUUUUACAUCCAAAAAAAUGCUAGACUAAAACAAUCUUUAAAUAUUAAUUAACUCGAUAUACAAAAAAAAAUUUAAAUAAUAUUUUUAAAAUAAUUAACUUAUUUCGAAUUUAAAAAAAAAGUUUAGAAACGUGCUAGAAAAAAAUAAUUUCCAUUUGAAUAAUUUACUAUGUGUCAUUCUAUUUUAUGAAAAAAAAAAAAAAGAAUUCACAGAAGACAUGAGUAAAUUAAUGUAUUUAAAAAUGCAUUCCUAAAUAUAUUUAAAAAAAAAUAAAAUAAUGUGUUCUUGCCGGUGGAAAAAAAUAAUUGCAAUUGGGUUCGUUGAAAGAAUAAUAAUUAUUUUCGGCUUAGGUGAAUAAACAUUCCAUCCAAAUUAAAAAAAAAAAGAAGAUAGUUAAUGAUUAAAUUUUUUUUUCACAAAUAAUAUUUAGUAUAUUAUUUGUUUAAUAAUAUUUAUAAAAUUAAAAUCGAUUAGUCUUUAACGUACGUAAUUGUAUAAGCAAUUUUUAUAACGUUGCAUUUAAGAUGAUUAAUUAUUAGACUUGUUUUAUACACUGAUAUAAUUUUGCGUAUUUUAAAUAGACUGAAAAUCAUAGAUAAUGAUUUCAUUGUUAAACGAAAAUUUCAUAUAUACAGUAUGAAAAAAGAUAAAGAAAAACAAACGAACUCCAAGCCUAAUCAACGUGUACCUUUUUUUUUUUUUUUGAGAGAGGAUAAAUAAUAUUUAUUGAGAAUAUAUCCAAUGGCAAUAUAAUUUUUUAGAUUUGCAAAAUUGCGAAAAGAAAUGAUGAUAAUAAUAAUAACAACUAAGACUAAAAAAAUGUAUAGGUAACUUAGCUUGUAAAUAUAUUUUAACUAGAUUUUUUUUUUUUUUCUUUUUGUACAUAAACGCAAUCGUCAAUGACUAAUUCUACACGUCACUCUUUCAAAACACUAAUUAUAUAAUUAUCAUAAUUGCG